AAAGCCCUUCAGAAUAUGUGCUUUUUCCGGCUUCCCACAGAAUCAUCAUCAUCUGACAGGCAAAUCUCUGCUUCAGUAGAAAAACUCCGGCUUGCCCAGAAUCAUCUGACAGAUUAAUAUUCUCUAAACCCUUUCUAAGGAUAUGUCUAUGUACUAAUGCAGUUGGGAAUUUGAGUUUUGAUAAAGAGAUGAGCUCGACGACAACGAAGAAGCGAUCCUUGUAUAAACCCCAGCAUCCAAUUGAUGUGUCGCCUUUCGAGGCGUAUUAUGGUAGCUCAUGGUGGCCAGUGAAGAGCCUGAGUAUUAGGAAAGGGGAAUUGGAUGUGCAUUUAGAAUCCCCUGAUGAGGUGGGUGUCACCGAGAAAAUACCGGUGGGUAAUUUGCGAAUGAGGUCAAGAAGAGCGACGGUAUCUGAUUGCAUGUGUUUUUUGAGGCCUGGUGUAGAUAUCUGUAUAUUGUCAAAGGAUUCAGGCGAAGAAAAGGUAUGGAUUGAUGCUAAGGUUAAUUCGAUUGCGAGGACACCUCAUGAAUCUGGAUGCACCUGCCGGUUUUUCGUUAACUUGUUCAGGAAACGUGUACCAUCUGAUAUGAGAUGGUGGACACUUAACAAAGAAAUUAUGGAAGUAACAAUUGAUGAUAUUGCUGUCCUCCAGCAACUUGAUGGAAAGCCUUCUGAAGACGAGUAUCACAGGUGGUCUUAUUUGAAAGAUUGUCCUUCCAGAAAUGAUGCUAAGUUGCUCCGGCUUCAGUUCUCCUGUGACCUUUCGUGGAUGCUUGUUGCGUCUACAUUGAAAGGCUUCGACUUUAAAAUAUUGUCAAUGCGAAGGAAGAUUUUUUAUCAAUUUCUUGAAGACAAUCAAGAUAUCUGUUCAACUGGCUCUGACAAGGCUUUAAAGUUCGUCAAUUUCUACAUGGAUGAUGAUGUCUUUAAACCUAAUAUCCUAACCAUUGUGCCAGAGUCUGCUUUGAUAUCAUCUGAUCAAGAGAAUACCUCCAUGGAUGACUCCCUUGAUGAUCAGCUUGAAUUGAGGCGGUCCGGUCGAAAGUCUAUACAACCCGAACGUUAUGUUGGCAAUCCAUGGUCUUCCAAUGUGAAGAGUGCAAAAAGAACAGCUAGAGUAAGAGAAGUCGAUGAGGAGCCAUGGGAAAUGUCUUCUGAGGAUAAUGACUGGUGGGACGAGCCAAUAGUGCGUACAGAAAGAACGCAUGAUACUAUUCCCAAUUUGCGUACAGAAAGAAAGCGUGAUACUAUUCGCAAUUUGCGUACAGAAAGAAAGCAUGAUAGUAUUCGCAGUUCAAACUUGCAACUCGUUACGUACGAAGUCAAGACCGGCAGCAUGGACCAGCCGACAGUGGGUAUAAAAAGAAAUCAUGAAAAUAUGCAGGCUUCAAACUUAGAACUCGUUCCAUCCCAAAUCAAUAUUGGCGGCAUCGACCAGCCAGUAGCUCUGGAUAUGAAAACAAAUGAUGAUUGUAUGCACGGUUCAGAUGAGAUGGAGUCAAGCACAGAACAGCUAGGUGGAGAUGUUAUAAGUGUAAAGCGGCCUCGAUAUGCUGAUCCUCCUGUGGUUUACGAAACGUCAAGAGAAAAGAAAGACUUGUGUAAGCAGCAAGUUCAACACUGCGACAGCAUUUCAAAACAAAGCAAGGAUUAUUUUAUGUCCCGUAUGAACAGGUAUAGCAACUUAAAUAAUUCUGCAUCUAAUAUUGAUAGUUCUCAAGCAGAACAAAGGAAGGCUGAGAACAAGGAGGAGGGUGGUCCUUCAGUGAGCAGUAAAAGUUCAAAAGGAGAGAAAGAUUUGUGUGAAAAGGUUCAACAUUGCGGCAGCAUUUCAAAGAAAAGCAAGGAAUAUUUUGCGUCUUCUUUGACCAAGUUUAGCCACUUAGCUUCAAAAUGUGAUACUGAUAGUUUUGAAGAAGUGCAAAGGAAAGCAAAGUUAGCAAGAAAAAAGAGGGUUUUAGAGUGCUUACUGAAGGAGAAAGUAGUAUCACAUGAAGCGCCAAAAAGUAAAACGCCUUCUUUUGGAUCGAGGACGAGAUAUACUUAUGAACCCGGGGCUUACUACCAAAGGAAAUAUAUGAGUCCCAGUGAUUACAGGUCAGAGAUACACAGGUGCAUGAAGAACAUUAACUCAGAGAUUGCUAAGAGCCAAUCAUGUUCAGAACCGCAAUGGAAACAUGUCAGUGAGGCAAUUCCUUCCAUGCGAUGGAAGGAUAUAUGUAAGGAAAAAUCAGAGGAUAAGCAGGAAAAUGAAAAUGAAGAACAAGAAGAUCUUGAUUCUCUAUGGAAAGAGAUGGAUUUUGCUAAUAAUUCAUUUGACUUUGCUGGAGGAAAUCAGGGUAAUAAUGCUGAUUCCUGCGAGGGAAAAGAAAGUGAUUGUGAUAAAGCCUCGUGUCAACAUGAGUAUCAUUUAGAUGAAGAGAUUGGGCUUAUAUGUCUAUUAUGCAAAUCUGUGGUCACCGAAAUAAGAGACAUGUCGCUACCCUUUCUGCAAGACAAAGGUUGGUCGAGAUGCGAGGCGCAGUGGAAGGUAAAGAACGACAUGAAGGGUCCAGAUAUCAACACAACAAAGUUCGAUAUUUUCAGAAAUCCUGAUUCCGCAAGAAACAUAUCGGUACAAGAACUACGAGAACAAAAUGAGAGUGUUUGGGCAUUGAUACCAGAUCUUAGAGAUAAGUUAAGAGCUCACCAAAAGAAAGCUUUUGAGUUCCUGUGGAAAAACAUUGCUGGUUCGAUGAUCCCAUCAGAAAUGGAAGACGCAUGCGACUCAGCUGGUGGUUGUGUAAUCUCUCAUUCUCCGGGAGCUGGGAAAACUUUACUCGUGAUUGCAUUCCUUGAAAGCUCUUUGAGAUUGUUCCCAGGGCAGCGGCCGGUGAUCCUUGCUCCAAAUACGACUGUGUACACUUGGAAGAAAGAAAUGAAGAAAUGGAAGGUUCCGAUUCCAGUCUACCAAAUCCAUUCAUAUCAAAAUUACAGGUUGGAAUAUCAGAGUCUGACUGUGGGGGGGCGCAGAGUGAACCAAGAUGUAAUGCAUGCAGUGGAUUGUCUAGACAAAUUGCGCAAAUGGCAUGAACAUCCAAGUGUCCUCCUUAUGAGUUACCCUUGUUUCCUCUCUUUGAUGCGAGAACAGUCAAAGCAUGAGUAUUGGAGAUACAUGGGUGGUGUUUUACGUGAGAGUCCGGGGCUUUUAAUCCUGGACGAAGGGCACAACCCUAGAAGCUCACAUUCAAUGUUAAGGAGAUUUCUGAUGGAGGUGAAAACAGAAUUAAGAAUUUUGCUUUCAGGAACAUUAUUUCAGAACAGUUUUGACGAGUACUUCAAUACUCUUAGCUUGGCAAGGCCGAGGUUUAUUAGUGAGGUGCUAAGGGAAUUGGACCCUCUCUAUGGAGUUAAAAAUCGGAAAGGAUAUCGGAGGAAGGACACAAAAAGAUGCAAGGAGAUCCUAGCAAGAAAGUUCUUUGUGGAUAAGAUUGGUAGGAGAAUCCAUUCGAAAUACGAUGAAGAUCGAAAAAAAGGUCUAAAUAAGCUUAAGCAGCUAACUACGGGUUUCGUAGAUGUUUAUGAAGGUGAUGGAUCUGAUUGCCUUCCAGGUUUGCAAGCCUACGCUCUAUUGUUAAAACCAACUCCGGCUCAAGACAAGGCUAUGUUGAAGCUCCUGGAGUAUGAUUGUGGUACGAGAUAUUCUCUUGAGUAUGAGCUAACAAUCACUCUUGUAUCUAUCCAUCCUUGGUUGUUGACAAGCUUAGAGUGUCUGGACAAGUUCUUCAAUGAUGAUGAAAGGAAAGAGCUUGCAGGACAACGACAUGACAUUACACGAGGUUCAAAGGUGAGAUUUGUCGUGAACCUUGUGCAGAAGUGUGUGCACAAGAGAGAGAAAGUGUUAAUCUUUUGCCGUAACAUUGCUCCAAUGAGAUACCUUAUGGAAAUAUUCAAGAAUAUGUUCAAUUGGGCAGAAGGGGAGGAAAUGUUAAUACUGCAUGGUGAUCAAUUAGUAUUCCAGCGCACAAGGAUGAUUGAUAAAUUUGAAGACCCCGGUGGGAAUGCUCAAGUGUUGCUAGCUUCGAUUGGUUGUUGUGGUGAAGGCAUUAGUUUGACAGCUGCUUCACGAGUUGUUUUGCUGGAUUCAGAGUGGAACCCGUCCAAAAUAAAACAGGCAGUAGGUCGGGCGUUUAGACAAGGUCAGGAGAAGAUAGUUUAUGUUUACCAGCUUUUGACAUCAGGGACUGUGGAAGAAAAGAAACAUAGCAAGACAGCAUGGAAAGAUUGGGUGUCAAGGAUGAUAUUUGUUGGGAAUAAUGCGAAAAAUUCUUCUCAUGCUAAAGCAGAAAAUAUUGAUGACGAAGUUUUGCGAGAGAUAGUUGAAGAAGAUGAAUCCGACUUAUUCCAUCUGAUCAUGAAAGAUGAAAAGCUGAUGGACCGAAAGAAAAAUGAAACUACAGCAGUGUUUCAUAUGAAAGGAACUUUCUGAUGACAGAUGGUUUUGUCAGGUGCUGAAAGAGGAAGACUUCUCUGCGAGUCAGUUCAAAAGUUGGUUCAUAUUUAGCAUGAAGCUGCGUUGUUGAUGGUAAUCUCCGAGCCUUUGUGUUGUUCCUUGCUGCCUGUUGUGUUGGUGUUGCUAUAGAGAAGAACUAGAUUCACUCUACACAUUUUGGUUCUUCUUAUGGCUGAUGCUUAGAAACUGUUAAGAUAUUCGCCUGUAUCUGACUUGUUUCGAAAGAAUGUGCAUCACGUGUUGAAGAAAUCACUAAUGUAAAAACGGCUUAGCUUGUAAACCUGUAAGAUAGUGGUGUUUUUCGUCUGCCUGACUCAUCUGAUAGUGUCUGAAUAAGAUCCAUAAUGUAUGUAACCAGUUUUAGCGGAUUGCAUCUUCAACUGA